AUGUUAAAAAUUUUCGUAAUAUUUGGUUUAUUCGCCUUAGUUGCGUGUGUGUGCGAGUAUUCUUCGUCCAGCUACCACCCUUUUUGUGACGGAUUCUGUAAAUAUGAAGAUGAAGAGCGCAAUGCAGCUGUUGCACGCUGCUGCAAAGUGAGAAUAAUCAGGGCCGACGGCGUUUGUGAAUGCACGAAAGCUGUCAUUUCCCAAGAUUAU